GGCUCCAGUCAUACGUUGAUAGACCUCUGGUUUGUGGUCAGCACUACGGUCAGCACAGGUGUCAGUCACAAAAGGACAAUGAAUGCUGAAUCCGUCAACGACAACUAACUUUUAACAAGUAGCAGGCUGGCCUUCUGCCAGGGGCCGCCUCUGUUCAUCAACAGCACUGUCUGAUAGUGGGAGACUUAUUAAAGGCCAGGAUCGCGGGCAGCAAGCGCAAAAAUCUAAGAGCGGACAUUAAAAGAAGUGUUCCCAUUAUAAAGCUUGUCAUCUACGGGAUGGAGCCCCCUGACAGCUCCGUGCAGAGCCCCGACCUGGUGUCCUUAGAAUUAACGGUGGAAAACGUCGAAAAAGCCCUCCAGCAACUGUACUAUGACCCGGACAUGGAGCAUAAGAAUGUGGCCCAGAAGUGGCUGACUCAGGCCCAGACCUCCCGUCAGGCCUGGCAGUUCUGCUGGCCUCUGCUCAGUCCAGACAAGCUUCCUGAGAUCCAGUUCUUUGGCGCCAGCACCCUUCACACCAAGAUCUCCUGUCACUGGGCCGACCUCCCCACAGACCAACACCAGACACUGAGGAUGCAGCUCCUUUCCCACAUCUCCCACUUCUCCUCUGGGCCAAAGAUGGUGCUGACCAGGCUGUGUGUGGCCCUGGCCUCCCUGGCCCUCCACACCAUGCCCCAGGGUUGGCCCCAGGCUGUGGCUGACAUGGUCAGGGUCUACCAGCCAGAGAAGGCUGGGGAUCAGGGCGGAAGUCAGGGUGGGGUUGGGGUUGGCGGAGGAGGUGGGGCAGAGGAGGAAGUGAACGCCCACGCACACUGCCUGGCCCUGCUGGAGCUCCUCACCGUGCUGCCAGAAGAGUUCCAGAGCUGCAGGCUGCCCCAGGCCCGUCGUGCCCAGCUGAGAGAGGCCCUGGCUGGGGAGUGGACGGCGGUAUGUCCCCUGCUGCGCCAGCUGCUCCAGAGACAGGAGGGCAACAGCCAGGUGAAGGAGCGGGCCCUACGGUGCUUGUCUAGCUGGGUGGGACUGGAUGUUCCUCUGCAUGGGGAGAGCGAGGGGCUGCUGCAGGACUGUUUUGCUGCUCUGUCAGACCCAGAGCUGUUUGACACUGCCGUGGAGACCAUUGUCAGCUCUAUAUCCCAACCUGACUGCCAGAGAUACACUGAUGCUCUGGUGAACUUGAUGCCCCUGGUGCUGGGUCUCCAUGACCAGCUGAAAGCCGCAGCGAGGGACGGUGACAUGGAGACCUCCCAUGGCAUCUGUCGCAUCGCUGUUGCUCUGGGGGAAACACACUCCAGGACUCUUCUGGAACAGGUGGAACACUGGCAGGGAUACCUGGCCCUAGUCAACAUGAUCCUGUUCUGUACUGGCAUCCCCGGGCACUACCCAGUCAAUGAGACCACCAGCUCCCUCACACUCACCUUCUGGUACACUCUGCAGGAUGACAUCCUGUCAUUUGAGGAGGACAAGCAGGUAGUCUACCUGCAAGUCUACAGACCAGUCUACUUCCAGCUGGUGGACGUUCUGCUCCACAAGGCCCACUUCCCCUCAGAGCAGGACUAUACUUCCUGGUCCUCAGAUGACAAGGAGCAGUUCAGGAUCUACAGAGUCGACAUAUCAGACACUCUGAUGUAUGUGUACGAGAUCCUGGGGGCGGAGCUUCUCAGUAACCUCUAUGAUAGACUGGGCCGACUGCUGAUGGACACGGAGAGACCGACAGCAUGGCAGGACACUGAGGCCCUUCUCUUUGGCUUCCAGGCUAUAGCAGAGACCAUAGACGUCAACUACUCUGAUGUCAUCCCAGGCCUCAUCGGUCUGAUCCCACGGAUCAGUAUAAGCAACAUUCAGCUAGCUGACACCGUCAUGUACACUAUAGGUUCUCUAGCGGAGUGGCUGGCGGACCAUCCGAUGAUGUUAGGCAAUGUAUUACCAAUGGUGCUCCAGGGCUUGGUGAAGGCUGAGCUGUCCGUGUCCAGCGUGUCCACUCUGAAGAGAAUUUGCAGAGAGUGUCGUCACGACCUCGCCCCUUACAUCCAUGACAUCAUGACCGUGUCACAGGACGUACUGGUCAAAGAUAUCCACAAGAGCAGCCAGUGCAUGUGGCUGAUGCAGGGCCUGGGCUUCCUACUCUCUGCCUUGCCAAUGGAGGAGAUCCUGGGCAGCCUGACCACCCUCCUCACCCCCCACAUCCAGAGGCUAGACACCCUGGCACACCAGGAGCCCAGCCCCACUGCCAAGCUGUCUAUCAUCCACAUCCUGGGUAUGCUGUCCAGUCUGUUCACUACGCUGGACAUCAGCAGGCAGGACGAGGGGUCAGAGGACACCGCCCCAGCUCAGGCCAGGCCCAACCCAGUGGUGGUGGUCUUACAGCAGGUCUUCACAUUGAUCCAGACCAUCCUCAGCAAGUGGCUCAGUGACUCAGAAGUGGUGGAGGCAGUGUGUGGGGUGUUUGAGAGGUCCGUAAAGACCCUCCUCAAUGACUUUGCUCCCAUGGUACAACAGCUCAGUGAGAUGCUGGGACAGAUCUACAGCGCCUUCCCACAAGCCUCUGCUCUCGACCUCACACGCCAGAUGGUCCACAUAUUUGCAGGUGAGAAAGAUCAUUUCAGCCCCAUCCAGGCCCUUAUUGAGCUGGUCACAUCCACCACCCUCUCUAUCUUCCAGCAAGGCCCAAGGGAACAUCCUGAUAUUGUUGAGUCAUUCAUGCAACUCCAUGCCCAGGCCCUCAAAAGGAAGCCUGACCUCUACCUGUCUGACCAUCAAGAUGUAAAGGCUCUAUUCUACUGCGGGGUCCUGUCACUCAAGUUCCCGGAGACGCCUACAGCGAAGUCAGCCUGUAUGUUCUUUUCGCAUGCUGCAUUCUGUUAUGUGAACGAUUGGUUGAGCCUCGUCCUACAACCAGUAGUGAUCCAAAGCCCACUCCCAAACUGUUCUCAGAUUUAUACAAAGCACAUGGAGUUGGUCUGUCAUUGUGGAGACAUCCCUCCUAUUGGUCAGGUGCUACAGAGGGACGGGAAGCUUCUCGUCCACACCAUCCUGGAGAUUGUUGGAAGUCAAUCUCUCUGCUGUCUGACGGAGCACUUCUCUGAGGUGCUUUUCUGUCUGAACAGACAUUGCCCUGUGCUGCUGGCCCAGUGGUUAAAGGAAGGACUACAUGUCCCAGGGUUCCCCUCUGCCCAGGUCUCCAUGGAGCAGAAGGACACCUUCAGCCAGCAACUCCUCAGGGAACAGACAAACAAGCGGCGUGUUAAGGAGAUCGUGAAGGAGUUCUCGCUGUUGUGUCGAGGUAUGCAGGGCACUACUGGCUACUCAGCAGAUUACUAGUGUGGCUGCAGUACUCGCCUUGUCUGAACCAAGACCUGUUCAGGGAAACCCAGAGGAUUGGAGUCCCCCGACAAGGACUUUGUGUGAAUUGUAUCAACUUUAUGCUGGCGGUGCACUCACAUGGCUGCAGUAGUAUGUAUUCUGUGGGGGGUUGAAGUUCCAAGGUAAAACUGUCCCUGUGUUAAUGUCAUGGGAUGUUACUAUUGUUAUGGCCAUGUGAAGAAAGGCAUCAUGGUUUCUUCAGAAAAGUGAUUAACAGUUGUUUGUCUGAUCAAGUUAUAUCCUGCUCUAGACUCUAUGGCGUAGGCAGAACAGAGGGAAGAAAACUCUAAUCCGGCCCAAAGAGAGCAGUGACAACAUUGGGUCAUGGUGGGUGAUGUGCGUGAUACAAACCAACAACUGUUUUGAAGGGUGAUACUAUCCAAUAUAUAUUUUUUAAAGCCAAUUUUCACCCAGGUAUUUAGUGGGAUCUGAGUUAUGAUCAUGUUAUAAGCAUGUCAUGAUCAUGUUAAGAUUGUGUAAUAAUGAUGUUUUAAGAAAGUUGUAGGGAUGUUUAGAAAGAAAAUAAUAAACAGAUCUGAGUCUCUGCAGCUGCUCGGGCAGGCUGA